CGCAGUAUUACAUAUCCAGAACACCUGACUUAAACAGAUGCCUGAGUCACUUCAUCGGUUUCCUCUCACUGCGGAUUAGCAUCUCCACUCUGAGCUUCUAUCGAGACAAUUAUUUCCGUCGCUGGCAUUUGUUAUCUUAUCACAGCUCAAUCAAUGCUGUAUAAAUACAACUGACUUGAUUUCAAGAUCUCAAUCUAGACUAAAGGAGACAAUGUCGUGUUUGCGUGAUAAGUGAAGAGAGAGCGAGAUGACAUCCUGUGUCUUUGUGGCCUUCUCUCACCAUGUGGUCGGUAUCUCACUUCCUGAAACUGCGCCCGCGUAGCGCUGUGGUAAAAAUACACGGGCUGCUGAGUUUCUUUGGCGGGCUUGCGAUCCGAAGUUGCGUCGACAUCUUUGUUCGCCCGCAAUGAAGAUGAGCCGUCGACUCUUCUUGCUAGUUAUCACAGCGGCAAGUGUUUGCCAAGGAAAAAAACAAACAGGGACGUCAAGAAACCGCACCUCAGCGGCCCCCACCACGGACACAUCAACGAGACCAAUGCCGACCCAUCAGAAUCGAACUUGGACCGAUCAACCUGAUGAGCUGUCAACAUCAACGGGACAAACACCCGGGACGCAAAGAGAACCCAGGACACGGAUCAAUAAAGUCCAUGAUCCCGAUAAGAAGACGCUGACCACACCAGUGUAUGACACCAUCGUGGUUUCCACGAUAGCGCUAAAUGUCUCAACAGAGGCGGCGUCCCCCGCGGGCUCCCUUUCUUCCUUGGGUCCCAUCCUCCUGGUGCUGCUGUUACUGAUGAUUGUCAUGCUUCUAAUCAUCCUCUUAAUGCUGAGGAGGUCAUUCCGAAUGUACUCCUUUGACUUACAGCGAACGGCUCCUGGAAACCAUGCAGGGGAUCCUGCGGGCAACUUUGAGGCCCUCAACAUGGAUGACCAAGUGGCCAACAACAAAGCGCCACAAUCAGAGGAGCACGAUACAGUUUUUACAGUGCCACAAAAAGAGACGCACAUAAACCACUCAGACUUCUGACUCCAACCUGGCAAUCCAGGCCCACUGCUGACAAGGAGUCUGACCUAGACCACAUCACCCCACAUGGGAUAACACAAGUUUGUGAUUUGCGUGGAAAUAAAAUUUUGUGGCUCCAUCUUA